AAAAAAAAAAAAAAAAAAAAAAAAAAGAGAGGAAAAAAAAAGAGUUAGGGUUUUGUUCAUCACUGCUUUUGACGCAAGCUAGGCGAUUUGUGAGAGGAGGAGGCAUGGGUCAAUCAUUCGAAGGGUGGACAUCGUGGGUCGAAGAUGCAUAUUUGCUGUGUACGCCUGAAGAUCCUGAGUGCUUGAAUCAUCACUACAUCACACGAACCGAGAAAGACGAGCCUCAUUACUCAGUAGAUGAAGAAAUUGACAUGAUGAACGCACAAAUCGAAGCUAGCGAGGGAUUCGAUAUUGAUUUCUCGAAGUUCCGAUGUCUGUUCAACUACCAUCUUGUUGAUCCUGAUGAUUACGAUUUCCUUGUGGAUCAACAAGAAACCAACGGCGAGUUCAUGAAGAGGCUUUCUCAGGAAUCCCUUCAGCGCUACAAUAACGAAUCGUGUACGAAAUUGGAGUUUCUCGAGGUUGUCAAAGCCAAUUUUCACGGAUCUUGUGGAUAUAUGUUUCUCAUCACGUUUCAAGUGUUUGAUCCCUCUGAUAACCAGGAAAAAACCUUCCAAGCUAGGAUCCGUUACACUUCACACAGCCCGACUGAAUUCGUCUUUUGUAGGCCGAAACCAGAUUCACAAGAUAUCAAAGUGGACUCUGAUGAAACCUCAGAGGAAGAUGUCAAAGGUUGACGUAGGAGCUUUUAAAUCCCCAGGACUGAGAUGUGAGAGAUGUAAUUUUCUGUAAUUUUCGUCCUGAUCUUUUUCCUGUAAUUUUCUGCCUGCUUUUUAGCUCCGAUUAUGACUUUGACUUGCUUUUGGGAGUUGUAAUGCCGCUACAGUGAACUUAUUACAUAUGGGUGUUGUUGUGUUGCUACGAUAUGAGCUUAUUGUGGGUGUUAGUGCACUAGUUUAACUAUUUUCUA